AUGCCCAGGCUGGACGGGCGUGCUCGCGGGAGCUGCACGGCGGGGGCGAUGGUGGCGGCGGAGGCGCGGCCGCGCUGGAGCCCGCACCUGGUGCAGCGCAGCCUGGUGCUGUUCGCGGUGGGCGCCUUCAUGGCGCUGGUGCUGAACCUGCUGCAGGUGCAGCGCAACGUGACGCUGUUCCCCGAGGAGGUCAUGGCCACGCUCUUCUCCUCCGCCUGGUGGGUGCCCCCGUGCUGCGGCACCGCCGCAGCUGUUGUUGGCCUGCUGUAUCCCUGCAUUGACAGUCAUCUUGGAGAACCCCACAAAUUCAAGAGAGAAUGGGCCAGCGUAAUGCGAUGUAUAGCAGUUUUUGUUGGCAUUAACCAUGCAAGUGCUAAAUUGGAUUUUGCAAACAACAUCCAGCUGUCACUGACUCUAGCAGCUCUGUCACUGGGCCUCUGGUGGACAUUUGAUCGUUCAAGAAGUGGUCUUGGUCUCGGAAUUACGAUAGCUUUUGUAGCGACUCUGAUCACUCAGUUUCUUGUAUACAAUGGUGUUUAUCAGUAUACAUCCCCAGACUUCCUUUAUAUCCGUUCUUGGCUACCAUGUAUAUUUUUCUCAGGAGGCGUGACUGUAGGAAACAUAGGACGGCAACUCGCUAUGGGUAUUCCUGAGAAACCACACAAUGACUAACUCACUGGAGCAAAAGACAUGGUGCCAGUGUGGAGGAAAGAAAAAGAAGAUGUGUUCCUGUUUCGAACUGCGGAUUAUUUUUUUUCUAAAUAAUCUAUGGGCUCACUGCACAAAUGACUUGUGAAAAAUAUUAAUCUCAUUUUUAGAAUAGCCAAGUGAAAUUAACUGCCUAUCUUGAAAUCUUUCCUUGAUUUACUGUAUAAGCAUUUGCGCCUGGCUGUUCUCUGGAAGAAUGUAAUGCCACGUUUUAUGCAGCAGUUCAGGCUACAUGGCAGUUUUCCAAGUACUAGAUUGCAAUUUAAGUUAUUAAAGCAGCUGCCAUAUUUCAAAGCCUUGAAACUAAAAUUUAAUUACAAGCUCUUGUACCAGUGCCCAAAGGAAGUAGAUUGAUGGUGCUUAACAAAGAUGAAGUAUGGUUUUAAUAGGAAUAGUAUUUAUCCAAAUCUUUUUUAAAAUAGGGUUGUUUAAAAAUAGGGUUACUUAAAAAUAAGUGAUCAAAACAACAAGAUUUAAAAGCUAAGUGCUUUUAGAAGUUUUAUAUGAAGGAAUCAUGACCUUAUUUGUAAUGCUGCAUGAAGAUUUUGAAGUCACUUACAGAAGGGGUCAGUAUUCUGACCCCAGUUCUAUAAAGGUUCUUGGGCAUAUGCCUAGGUUUUUAAGUGAGUAUUGCUUAAAUUUGGGCAUAUACUUUGGUAUUUUAAUAAAUCAGAGCCCUAGAAAUGCCAAGCAUCUUCAGUAGCCCUGAAAUGGGUGGAAACUGCACAUGCUCAUUGUAAUUUAACCUGGCCCUAACUCCCACUAAUAGUCCGACUUAUUUUCAUUUUCUUGAAAGUGAAAUGAGGCCCUGCAAUGGGCAUUAUUGUGCUUCACUUUUAGUCAGACUUUUGACUGAAUUCAGUGGAGUUAGAAGCAGGUCUGGAAUGUAAUAACUUGUUAUAUUACAAGUUAGCCAGAGUUACUAGCUUGACUCGCAGUUAAGUUUCUGACCAGAGAUCACUGCUUUUUUUUGUUUUUGUUUUUUACAACCCUAUGGAGCUUGCAAUCUGUGAUUGCCUUGUAAAAAGAAAAGUGAUUAAGUCACUACAUUAAACAUUUGUUGUUUCUAAAUAUUUAGUUUUGGUGAGCACAAUGUAUUCAUUUAAUAGCUUAGACCACAAUAGACCUAAAUAGCAAGUAUUAGGUCUUAAAAUUAAAGUGCAAUGUACAGUAAAAUCUGAGCCUUGUAUUCUCUUCAAUAUUCAUUGUUUCUUAUGAGUGAUUAAAGAGAAAAGGGUUCCAAGUUCAUUUCAAUGCUGCAUGGAGUCAAAAUGGAGCAAUAAUUUAUUUAACUAGUAAAGGUAGUUUUAUUGUACCUUCUAUCAAACCCACAUUUUUAGAAAUACUCCAGUUUUGUGGUUAUGGUGUGCUUGUAAACUUUUAUGAACUUGCCUUUUGUAUUAUGCAAUUUUUUGUUCAUUUCCAAUUUUAUGUGGUUUCAGAUUUAGUCAGUAGCAUCUCCUUGGAGGUUGUCCUGUCAGACAUUGUGAAUAAAUAGUAGUGUUUUGGGCUUCAUUUCCUUUUUGAAGGAAAUCCUAUAAACACUUCCAGUUCAGACUUCUAAAUCCUGAACUGACUUUUUUGUAAGGGGGUUGCGGGGAACAACUUGAACAGCAAAGUUGCCUUUACCUCACCACCAUGGCUAGCUUAAAAACUGAGCCCAAUUCUGAUCUCACUGGGCACAUCUACAUAUGAUGCCAUGAUGAUGUAGAGCUGAUGGUCACAAACUGAUGCCAUAGUGAUGUGCUCCCUGUUAUGUGUCGCUAUGGCAACAUCAUGCCUAAAAAUAAUGGUGCAUGGCACAGUAUGGGGUGUUACUGCACUGUCUUGGAAGUACUAAAUGAUGGCACAGUAACAUCAUCGCCAUAGCGAAAUGUGUAGACAUGCCCACUGAGUGUAAAUAUGGAAUAACUGCAUUGGUGAGAAGGCCUACUGCAAGUGUUUAGGGCUGGAUCCUAUUCCACCUGUUGGACAUGCAAGAAGAAUUCCAUCCCAUCCUGAAACGUCCCUGAAAAGAAAUGCUGUGUCCCAAGUGUGUAAACACUAUGCAGCCACUGUGUACAAAUAUCUGCUGCUGGUGAUUCUGCGUGGCUCCACUACAGCAGCCCUGUGAUCACAGUGUGAAGUACACCCUGGAAGGGUACUAACUGCUAAGUAGGCUGCCAUAGCUGGUUAAACAUGAGUGCAGGCAGAGUGGAGGGCUGUUGCCACAGAGGGGCUUCCAGUAGGUACCAGAGUUCUGCUUGCAAAACUUUAGUGGUGCAGGCUGUACCUUGGCCUUAAAGCUAAGGUGAAGGUUCAGUAUACAAGUACAUAUGUUUGCAAUUUUUCCUGGGACUUGAUAAGAAUGGAAUCAGGUUGUACUGAGACAACCCAAAUGCCCUUGGAUGCCUAAAAGGUGGAAAAGAGUCUGGCCCAUAUUCUAUCAUUAAGAUCAGUGCGGCUAUUCUGAGAAACUUGCAUGCAUUCGUAAGUUCACAAGAUCAGGAUUGGACCAGUUUGUCUAGUAAAAUGGCUAAUAUUAAGUGGUUACCAGUAUCAAUUCCCACAAAAUGCAAUUAAACAUGACAAUGAAGUGUAAAUAUAUUAGAUUUGAGAAAGUGAAAAGUAUUUUAAAGUUUAUUUUGAAAGACCUGAAGCUAACUCUGUUGUGUUAAAAUAAAAAAAAUCACAUAGCCAAAAAUUAAAAGUCAGAAGUUCAGUUUUGCCAAUACUUGUAAGUAUAUGAACCAAAGUGAUCAGU